AUGAAGGAAUCGCGGGCUAGCAAGCGGAGAAGAGUGUCUGAUGCGCCCAUCAUCGAUGGGGAUGGGGAUAUUGCAAUGGGCGAUCAGGUCGCCGCAUCUCCGACACCGCAGAAACCCCCUCGGGACGAGGAGUCUCCGGACGACGAACACACAGGGUCACCGACUGCCUCACGAUCAGCGCGACGCCGGGCAUCAAAGGGAGGCCAGAAAGCCGCGGAAGAGGAACCGGGCAAGGAGAAUGAGAAUGGGGUAGAGACGCCUCAAGGCCUGGUCUACGAUCGAGUGGGCGGCAGCGCAAAGCGCCUCAGCGAUAUGAAGACGAGGAGUACGCGGAAGGCAAGACAUGUAUCUGAAGACGACGACAACGAGGCAGAGUCGCCGCAAUCGGAGCCUCAGACUGAGAGGCUGACGAGGACGCGGUCCAGGAGACCCCCUGUGCGGUUUACUGGUACUGAGACAAAUACGAAUGGUGAUGAGGAACCCGGGGCGCGGCAGUCCCCUUCUCCGGACGAAUACCAGGAUGGAUUGGACGAUCUUGUCUCAAUGCAAUUACAACAAGACCUUGCCCAAAAUGAUUUGGUUGGGAAGGAUGAGACUGUCGUUGGAGGCGAAACACUUCCGGCUUACGCUGAAGCAUUGCAGACACUGGCGUACAACGGCUUGACCGCUGAACUGGGGGUGCUGUCUAGGAUCAUCCUUGACAAACUCACUGGCAAGAGAUGUAUUCCUUUGAAAGGCCUGGAGAGUGAGUAUGACAAGGUUCAUCAGCUGGUGGAGCAGACAGUCAGCGUUGGAGAGGGCAAUUCUCUGCUCCUUCUCGGAUCACGAGGUUCCGGAAAAACCGCUAUAGUCGAGACUAUCAUCUCGUCGCUAAAAAGAGAACACUACAAUGACUUCCACGUCGUUCGUCUCAACGGGUUCUUGCAUACAGAUGACCGUUUGGCGCUUCGUGAGAUGUGGCGCCAGCUUGGUCGUGAGACCAAUACUGAAGAAGAGGCGGGGAAAGUAAGCAGCUACGCAGACACGAUGGCCACUCUUCUCGCUCUUUUGUCGCACCCGGAAGAGCUGUUUGGUGCUUCUAAUAAUACAGACACCGUAACCGCAGCCAAGUCCAUUGUUAUCAUAUUGGACGAGUUCGACCUCUUUGUCACUCACCCACGUCAGACCCUCCUGUACAAUCUGUUCGAUAUUGCGCAAGCGCGGAAGGCCCCCGUUGCGGUUCUGGGCCUGACUACGAAAGUGGAUGUGACGGAGAUGUUGGAAAAGCGAGUGAAGAGUCGGUUCAGCCAUCGCUACGUCUAUGUUCCGCUUCCGAGAUCACUAGAAGGCUUUUCCGAAAUUUGUCUAGCCGGUCUGGACCUGGAAGACAAGGAGGUCUCGGACUACUUGGAAGAGGCCAAUCCCGAGACGCGUUCACUUAUCACAUCCGAAAAGUUCGGAAGACUAUUGGAAGGAUGGAGAGCGUAUUUACAGGGCCUGUGGAGUGAUGAGGCGUUUCAAGCGCAUUUACGGAGGAUAUUCUUCCAAACCAGAUCGGCGAAGGAGUUCUUUACCAGCGCUUUGAUUGGCAUGACGGAGCUGCAUUACAGCAGCUACGACCCCACAGGCGGAGCUGCCACGCUCCAGAUCCCAACGCCAACCACUUUUAGCAGCCAAAGCCUAUCUUGUCCAGAUCCCGGACCUCUACCUUUCUCCACCUCGACGACGACCUCUGCCAGUCCCUCGUCGCUGCCCCUAUCUUUGUUGCUGGCAGCCACCCGGCUGGCUGCGUUGUAUGACCCGGGUCUAGAAGCGACACAGCCUCAGAGUUUGGCUCCUUUGGCGCUUUCAUUCCCCGCCGCAUAUGCCGAAUACGUCCGGCUUUUGACGUUUGCUAAGACAUCGGCUUCCGUGUCCGGCGCCGCCGCAACCCCUGGACGCGUCUGGGUCGGGACGUCGCACGUGAAGCGUGGGAGAAGCUGA